CCGCACCCUCGCGUCGCUCCCCACACGCGAGCGAGCCAACACGCAUACGGAACGGGCCUCGUCUCCCCCUCCGUUCCCUCCCCCCGCCUUAUCCUCUCCGGACCGGAGCGAGCGAGCGCCCCACCGCUCCCUGCUCCCCCCUUCCUCCCGAUGGCGUCCCUCACCACCACCACCGCCUCCUCGCCGGCCGCCCUGCCCGCGGCGGCCUCCGCCGCCCCGGCCACGGCCUCGUCCGUCUCGCCCACCGCGGCCGCCUCCAAGCGCCCGCACCUCGCCGGCGACGACGCGCCCUGGCGCGUCGCGGCCGCCGGCUCCGCCGGAAUCCGCCCCGUCCCGCGCAUCCACCACGCCCCCGUCCUCCGCGUCGCCCAGGACGACUCCUCCGCCUACGCCCUCGCCAUCAUGAGGAAUCCGGAUCCGAUAGGGAUGGGGCUGGCCAUGGAGGCCGUAGCUGAGGCUGCUGGCCCGGAGUGCAUCGUGCCCGGCCAGCAGGCGCCUCUGCGGCUGAUGGGACUCAAGGUUUGGCCCCUAGAUAUAGAGAUGAAGUUCUUGGAACCAUUUGGCCGGGAAUUACACUCCAUGAAGAAGUUCAUGGACAAAUCAUGCAGCGUCAUGGACUCAUCUUCUAUAACACAUAAGUAGGCGCGCAUGCCAGAUUGAUUCCUUCCAGUACCUAGCUGAUGUUGUUUGUACCCAGACUACCCACAGUGCCUGAUGAAGCUACAAGACCGCAGACAUACGGGACCUAGACGAGUCCACGGAGAAACAACAUCCUUGUGUAUCUUGAGCUGCUUCAUCACUUGAUGGAACGAGACAUGGUUGUGGGGAACACAGCAGGAUUAGCAAGUAAUUCGAGAGUAAUCUUGUAUGCGCCCUGGGCUCAGUUUGCGCCGCGAUAAAUUGUUUUCAACAUGUAAUACAUUUGUUAUAUUCAUGAGCCGUUGAGAACACAAUGCUGAGUUGCCAAGAGAACCAAAAAAGUGUUUGUUCUAAA